UCCUGAAUUUUGUUUUCUGAUGACAUGAGUGCCAACCGGUACCAACAUAAAAUAUGAAAAGGUUUGAUUAUGGCUGUGUGAGAUGGCAGGUUUCCUUUAAACAGAUGUCAAAACGUGAAUUUUAAUAUGUUUGAAUGUGUUUGUACCGGUGCUUUUGGUGUCAAAAAACAUUUGUGCACAAUGUUUACUUUCAAACAUUGGUUGAUUUUUAUUGUGUUAUUGGUGUCUAUUUGUUCGGGAGAAGAUUAUUAUGAAUUGUUGGGAGUAGCAAAAAGUGCCAAUAACAGAGAAAUUCGAAAAGCAUUCAAAAAGCUGGCAGUGAAACUGCAUCCUGAUAAAAAUAAGAAUGAUCCAAACGCACAAAGUGUGUUUAUUCAGUUGACAAAGGCUUAUGAAACACUGAAAGAUGAAGAAUUACGAAAGAAGUAUGAUCUUUAUGGUGAGGAAGGCAUUAAAGAAAAUAAGCAUCAGAAUUAUCAUUCAUGGAGUUAUUAUCAAGACAAUUUUGGAAUAUAUGAUGAUGAUCCAGAAAUAAUUACUCUCAGUCGAGCAGAUUUCGAGCAGAGCGUGGUGAACUCGCCCGCGCUGUGGUUCAUCAACUUCUACUCGGGCGCGUGCUCGCACUGCCACCGCGUGGCGCCGGCGUGGCGGCGGCUGGCGCGCGCCGUGCAGGGCGUGGUGCGCGUGGGCGCCGUCAACUGCGAGGAGGACUGGGUGCUGUGCCGCCGCGAGGGCGUCCACUCCUACCCGUCCCUCAUCAUGUACCCCGCGAGAGAAAGAUACAAUGGUGAACGUACUGCUGAAGCCAUGGAAAGUCACGUAUUAAAGAUGUUGCAUAUUCCUGUGCUUCCAGUCACUUUUGAUAGCUGGAAAUCUCAAAUUAAGCUUAAAGAAAUGACUUUCUACAAACCAUGGGCUCUGUUCUUGUGCUAUGAUGAUGAAGAAUGCGCUGAAGAAAUGGUUCGAUUGAAGGUUGCAGCUAUUCUGGAAGGUUUGGUGAAUGUUGGUGUGGUCGACUGUAUGAAAGAAAUGAAGCUGUGUACACACAUUGGUGGAGAUGCAAAUGUUGUUUUCUGGGAGGAUUCUGGAUUAAAUGAUGAAGGAACAAUACACAAAAUAACAAAUACUGAUUUCAAAGAUAUAGCUCAUCAAAUAUUAUCCUUCUUGCCGGAGGCGAAAGCUCUAAAUUCUCAGCAAUUUGAGGAAAUGAAAGCCCAAUUGCUUCUGGACUCCAAGCUCUCGUGGCUGGUGUACUUCUACCUGGGAGGGGCAAGCGAUGAGGACUUGGAGCUGAAGAAACUCCCCGCACUCCUCUCUUCAAACAUGCGCAUAGGCAAAGUUCACUGCGGACAAGAAGUCAAGUUAUGCCAACAGAUGCACAUCAACCGGUAUCCAGUUUUUGCAGUCUUCAAAUCGGGAGGUGGCUAUGAAUUGUACCACGGUCGGGAAUCCGCUCAUGAUAUCGCCAACUUUGCUGAAGAGAGUCGAUCUGCAUUGAAUAUGGGAGUACUUACUCCGGAAACAUUUCAGCAAUUUGUGAUUGAUAGUCGAGACAGUGCAACACAGCCUUGGCUAAUAGACUUUUAUGCACCCUGGUGCCCACCUUGUAUGCGCCUGUUACCAGAAUUUCGCAAAGCUAGUCAUCACUUUGCCUCUCAGGUGAAGUUUGGUUCUGUUGACUGCACUGUGCACGCUUCUCUAUGUCGACAAUAUAAUAUUCGUUCAUAUCCAACCACCAUCUUGUACAACAACAGCGUUUCACAUCAGUUUUAUGGAGGACAUACUUCAGAUGAUUUGGUGGAAUUUGUUGACAGCUUUUUGCAUCCAGUCGUUAUAAAGCUGACUGAAGAUAAUUUCUAUGAAACAGUUGGAGAAAAACCUGCAGAAGAAAUCUGGAUGGUGGACUUUUUUGCACCUUGGUGUGGUCCUUGCCAACAACUCUCUCCCCAUUGGAAAAAACUUGCCAAAGCAAGUUUCAAAAGGCGCUAUGAAAUUGUGCUAUCUGUCGCUCAUCUCUCUAAAGUUCAUCUGGGGGAAGUGGACUGCCAAGCAGAAACUCGCCUUUGUGAUCAGCAAGGUAUACGAUCGUAUCCAACAAUUAGGCUCUACCCAACUGGAUCUAAAGGAUUGUCUUCCUUUGCCAUUUACAGUGGAUACCAAAGAGAUGGCAGAACCUUGAGGCAAUGGCUUUAUAAUUUCCUUCCCACAACCGUGGAAGAAAUAACACCGACUGAGUUUCAGAAUAAAAUAUAUGGCAGCAAAGACAUGUGGUUGCUGGAUUUUUACGCACCAUGGUGUGGACACUGUGCUGCAUUUCUGCCUGAGUUUCAAGAAGUUUCUCAGAAAUUAGAAGGCAAGAUUCGGACUGGUAAAGUGAAUUGUGAUUCAUAUAUCCAGUUAUGUCAAAAAGCUGGUGUGAGAGCAUAUCCUACUGUGGUUUUAUACAAACCACACAACCCACCCUCAUACAUAGGAGAAGAAAUAGAAAGCCAAUCAAGUGCUUUUAUUAUUUCAUAUGUGGAAAAAGUUCUGUCUCAGAAACACAGCUUCCAUCCACAUGAUGAAUUUUGAUGCAUCUCGGCUUUGGUUGCGAUGGUAUCUUCUGAAAAUGUUGGAGAUAAUUAUUCGCUUCAUGCAAAUCUAAUUAAUUUAAUAUUAUUAAAUUAAUUUGUCAAUUCAAUUUAUUAAUUGUAUUGAUAUUUUUUGUAAGUAUUGGAGUAUUCCAGGUCAAAUCAUGCACUCACAAAACAUCACAAUGUUUUAGUGACUUGAAACAUUUUUUGAGGUCUAAAGAUGAAAAUUGGUGGGACAUAUUUUUUCUUCUAAUCCCGCUUCUUUAACAAUUGUUUCCUCAGAAGAAUCUUUCAUGCACUAAUGUUUAAACAUUUUUCACCCAUUUAUCUUUUUCCUCAAAAAAAAUACAAUUACACCUUAAUUAAACCUAGAAACAUUUUUUUUCAUUUGAUAUCAUUGUAAUUUUUGUAAACAUGUUAUUUUUUUAAAAACAGUUUUUAAUUUUUGAAAUACAAAUUUUCACAUUCGUUACUUAAACUUAAUUAGUUCUUUUUUAAAUACUCGUGUAUUCUACACUAAUAUUAUAUCUGUGUACCAAAUUUGAAAAUGGACACAAAGAAGUAACAUUUAAAAAACAUAGGCAGGUAGAUGAUCAUGUAGGCAGUUAGGCCAGCCACCAGCCCUUGUGAAAAAAUUAAAAGCAUCUUUUUUUUUUCUUUUCAGAUUUUCACAUUACAUUCAUAUUUUUUAUUUUAA